GUGCACAAUUAACGAUGUCGGUGGAUUCAUCGCAACUAAUGGCAAAAAAUGGCGAUAAUUUAACUUUGUUAAUUAUUUGUGACUUUAUGUCUGCUGGAAUGUCAUCGAUUCUACGCGUGACACAUGGUUUUAUUAAUUCUUCACCGAUAAUAUGAGGUUUCUUUUGCUUUGCUAUCAUAAAAGCUAUUUCAAAGGAAGCUUUGAGAUGCUGCGAUACACCUGUGUGAUAACUUCCCGAUUUAUCCAGUCUCAUCCACUUUUGUGAUUCGUCUUUAGAAGAAAAAAAC